GGUGCUCUUACUCUUCAGACCAUAGACAAUGGCCACCGAACUAGAUGUGAGCAAGUCUCGCCGCUUCGACAUUGCCAUGUCGAGGCGAACUCGGCGAUCAACAAGCCUGGUAGCCUGCUUCCAAGAUCAGUAUACACCGUCCCUGGCACAUCAUCGCCACCAAGAGCUGAAGGCAUUUCUGCAACGCCAAGAUGAAGAGCUGAAGUCACUCCAGCAAUGCCAAGAGGAAGAGCUGAAGGCACUCCAGCAAUGUGAGGAUGCAGAGCAGAAGACACUGUGUUUGAAUGAGGAUGAGGAUCUGAAGAUUCCACAAGCACCACUGCAGUAUGAAGAUGGUGAACAAAAGACACCGGAGCAAUAUGAAGAUGAGCACAAGGAAUCACAGCAGUGUUCAGACGAAGAGCAGGAGAUACCAGAUACAUAUCAAGAUGAUGAGAAGAAACCAGACCAGGACCAGUAUCUAAAUGAAGACAAGAUGCCAGAGCAGUAUCGAGCUAAAGAUGAGUUACCAUCACAAUACCAAAACCAGGAGCUUAUGACACCAAACCUACCUGAGAAGGAGACUGCAUCAGAGCGAUUCCAAGAAGCGGAGCAGCUGGUGACACCAAACCUACCUGAAGAAGAUGAGGAGACUGCACCAAAGCAAUUCCAAGACGAGGAGCAGAAGGGACUUCAACAACACCAAGAGCCGGAUGAGCAGGCAUCGCAACCUGAAGAGCAGAAGUCUCAGCAGGAAUGCCAUCAGAAGGCACCGGAGCAAUUCCAAACCUUGAAGAAGCUAGGCGCGCCACCACGUCUUGCUGACAACGUGCCCCGGUUCUCCCUUCAGGAGCUUAUACAACAGAAGCAGCUUCCGACUGGCGAUGCGAUGCUUGCCAGCAAGCAAGGCAGCCGUGGAGAGAGUGUCCUCGCUGAUCACAGUGUUUCAGGACCAGGAGCAGCAGCAGGCGGCACGACACUGGCCAUGGUGAUAAAGCGACCCGAGGGAGGGAAGAAGUCGAUGGGGGUGAUACGCCGGUGCGUGAAGGCCCUGAACGGGAUGAUCAAGGCCAAGCACGGUUCCAAGAAGAACUUGCAUUUCUAGCUUUCAACAGAAUCCAGGAGACCAGGAGUACAUACAUACAUACAUACAUAAGCACUGAUGAGUAAGUGUGGUCCAGAGUUUCUUAGUAGACCGCACAUCUCUGAAUAAUGCAUUCGCAGUUGCGCAGAACCAAAAUUUUGAGCAUGAUGCAGGGUGUGCAAGAUCUGGCGAGAAACUCCAGGGCUUUUUACGCCCUGGUCUACACUGUCUACCUAUAGCAAUAAACUGUGGUAGUUUUAUU